AAAUUCGAUUCGAGUAGUUAGACGUGUGUCGGGCUCCGGAGAUACGUUCCCGUGUGUGUGUGUGCGACUUGGUAAAGUCUCGGUGUUCCCAGCGCGCCAACACGAUCAGUCCCUGCGAGACCGGAGCCAUGGCCGGAGCAGACAAUCCGGCGUUUGUGCCGAACAGUGACGAUGGUGCGUCGGUUCCGCAACAAAAUGGUGUCGCCGCAGCCGAGAAGCCCGAGAAGCCCGAACGGCAGCAGUGGAACAAUGGGGUCGAGUUCCUGAUGUCCUGCAUCGCCCUGUCGGUCGGGCUGGGCAACGUGUGGAAGUUUCCGUCGACGGCCUUCCGGAACGGAGGCGGUGCGUUCGUGAUCCCGUAUCUGAUCGUGCUGCUGGUCGUCGGCCGGCCGAUCUACUACCUGGAGAUGGUGAUGGGCCAGUUCUCGAGCCGGGGCAGCGUCAAGGUGUACGACGUUUCGCCCAUUAUGCGAGGGAUCGGUAUCGCACAGAUGGUGUCAAUUUGUGUGGUGAUUGUCUAUUAUGCCGCCACGAUCGCCACCGCCAUCCGGUUCUUUAUCGCGUCGUUCGAAAGCCCACUGCCGUGGUCAUCCUGUGACGUCACCUGGACCGGCUACAACUGUGUCAACUCCUCCAACUCGGGCCCGACGGAAUCCUUCGACAACUCGCUGCCGGUAAAAACGUCGGCUGAGCUUUUCUACACACAUUCCGUCACCGGCGAGGGACUGCUGGCCGAGGGUGAGUUCGGGGCGCCGGACUGGAAGCUCACGCUCUGCCUGCUGUUCAUCUGGGUCGCGAUGACGUUCAUGAUGAUCAAGGGUAUCCGCGGAUCGGGCAAGGUGGCGUACUUCCUGGCCCUCUUCCCGUACGUGGUGCUGAUCUCGUUCGCCAUCUACGCCUUCACGCUGGAGGGUGCCGGCGAGGGCCUGAAGUACUUCAUCACGCCCGACUGGGACAAGCUGCUGGACGCCAACGUGUGGAAGGAGGCCGUCUCGCAGUGCUUCUUCUCGCUGUCGAUCUGCUUCGGCGGCGUGAUCGCGUUCUCCUCGUACAACAACUUCAGCAACAACAUCUACCGGGACGCGAUGAUCAUCUCCUGGCUGGACACGUUCACCUCGCUGCUGUCCGGCUCGCUGGUGUUCGCCAUCAUCGGGCACCUCGGGCACCUCACCAACGAGACCGACUACACGAAAGUGGUGUAUCCUGGCAGUGGGCUCACCUUCAUCACCUACCCGGACGCGCUGGCCAAGUUCGAGCACGUGCCGAACCUGUUCGCGCUCCUGUUUUUCUUCAUGCUCCUGGUGCUCGGGGUCGGCAGCUGCACCGGUCUGAUCAACAGCGUGAUCACAGCUCUGCACGACAGCACACCGCGGUUACGCACCUGGAAAACCGUGGUCGUGAUCAGUGUGCUAGGCUUCGCCCUCGGGCUGCUCUUCGUGACACCGUCCAGUGCGAAGAUGCUGGACUACUUCGACUACUACGCCGUACAGUUCGUCACCCUGACGUCGGGUAUUUUCGAGCUGAUCGCCUUCUGCUGGCUGUACGGGUUCCGGAAUGUGGCUCGGGAUAUACAGUUCAUGUUGAAGCGACGUACCGGGAUGAUGUGGCAAGCGUGCUGGCGUUUUGUGACCCCGCUGAUGCUGGUCGUCGUGCUGGUCAUCGGUUUGGUGCAGAGUCAGCGACCCCAGGGGAUCGGCGAUGUGUACCACGUAUUCGGCUGGCUCAUCUACGUGGCGGCCCUUGUUCCGAUCCCUCUGUGGGGUUGGUUUGCGUUGCGCAAGCGCACCGAAUCGACCCUCUGGAAGCGCGUAGUGGCUGCCACGAAACCCUUGUCCGAUUGGGGCCCGGAAGACUUGGAGGUGCGCAAACGGUAUCUGGAGUUCUGCGACAACUAUGAGCCGCUCGAGUCCCGCUGGUCCCGGGUCCGGAAGCUGGUGCGCAGACGUCCCAAAACCUACCGCGUGUCCGUUUGAGUGUUGUCACGGGACGUGGCCACGUGUCAGUAUUACGUAAAACACACGAGAGCCCGGGUGAUGAAGCGGAAGAAAGUAACGGUUCUGAUCCCACCGACGGACCUACGGAGCGCCAUUCCAUUCAUGUCCAUUUAGCUUCUAAUUGGGCCGCUUUUUUUGGGGUGAUGCACCCCUGGGGGCGAUAGUGACUAGAAUAGACUCGACCCACCUCUCUCGACAUACACCUAAGGCCACCGUGCAUCAUGACGCAGCCAAGCAUUGUUCUGGUGGAGAUAAUUCCCGCGCACGGUCAGACAAUAGUUGCCUUCGAACCGAGAGAUCGGAACGCUGAGGCGAUGGGAGAUGAGGCGAGGUCAGGAAGCGGAAUGUGCGUACGAGGUGCGGCGAGAAUAUGGAAGCGUGAUAUUUUUAGUGACUUUUUAG